AUGGCGAGUGGCGGCUCCGGUGUCGCUGAUGCAGCGUGGCUGGAGCCUCCUAAUGAUGGAGCUGAUGCAUGGAUCAAGGACGAGGUGAAAGAGGAGUACGACCCAUCCUGGUACGAGGAUGUGGUGGGCAACGAUGCUCCGAUGGCUGCGGAAGCACAGACCCAGCAUGAAUGGGGCGACGAUGCUCCGAUGGCUGCGGCAGCUCAGACCCAGGGGGAGCAUGAAUGGGUCGAAAUUCCGGUCGCAGAUGGCGACGACUGGGGCCAGGGAGAUGAGUGGCCAUCCCAGCACUACGUGGCGAAGCAGAAGACAUGGAAUGGCUGGCAGCAGAAGCAUCCAUGGAAGCCGGUGAAGAAGGAUCGCGACACGUGGUCGAGCUCGGGGUCUUCCUCGUCGGGCGGCCGCUACGUGAAGGGUGGCUUCGUGGAUUACCACGGGAACUUCCACCC